UCAAGCAAUCGCCCGGUCAUUGAAGUUCUUGUCAACACAUUUGGUUCUGUCGCUGACGGGUGUUAUGAUACACCAGGACCAGGCCCACAACCUCUACGAGCCAUGUCAGGGUUCCCCGCACAACAACAAGCUCAAGCUCGAAAUGCGACGUUGGCCUCCACACGACUUCCCAACGGUAAAAUAAGUAGCGCAGCAAACUGGAACUUCAACUUGCCCGUAAGUGGUACACCAGGGAUACAAGGAAACCAACAGCGCAGCAUCGGAACGAUGGGGACUUUCGCGCAGAGUCUUAGCGGGUCUCAACCGGCUACCCCCCUUGACUUAUCUGAUUUCCCUUCGCUAUCCGGAGCACCUUCGCAAUCACAGACACAGAAUCCGGCACACUUAGUAUGGGCGAAUGCUAGCCAACGGGGCGUACAGCAGACUCCUGUUCAGAGACAGCACCCCACCUCUCAAGCCCCCUCACGAGCACCGCAAACACAAUCGCAUCACCCACAACAACAGUCUCAGCCUGCUCAUGAUGAUGUAUUCCCUUCUGGAGCUCAGUUCGCAAAUCGCCUAGAUGAUUACAGGAAUGGUGGUCAAGGUAUCAGCGGGCAAUUAGGAGCUGGCGCGCAGCCACAGACAGGGAAUAUUGAAGAGUUUCCUCCCCUUGGUCGUAACGCCCCUGCGGAAAUUGGCCAGGAUCGCAGAGGAUCAUUGAUGCAAGGUGCCGGAUUUGGGAGCUAUAACGCCAACAUGCAGUUCUCCGGUGUAAACCAGGCGCAGUCUGCCCAAACCCGGAGCAUGAUGGCAACAUCGAUAAGCGGACAGGAAAGGAUAAUGUCACCAGGAGCCGCGGGCUCAGCAGGUAUCGCGACAUCACGGUCGCCUGUCAACCAACCGUCGAAUGGUGUUCGGGGGCAAGAAAAAGAGGACCCGAGUACCUCCGUAAUUUCUAGCCAACGUUCAUUUAGCGAGCAACAGACAGUACCGGCCCCUGGGUUCACCCGUCCAUCGCAAGACUCUGGAGCAGAGCAACCACCUUUAGCUGAGAUGAGUGAGCUUGACAAGUUUGGACUCGCAGGCUUGCUUCGAAUGAUUCAUAGCGAUAGUGCGGAUGUGGCUAGUCUUGCUGUAGGGCAGGACUUGAUGACACUGGGCUUGGAUCUAAACCAACCAGAACCUCUGCAUACGUCGUUUGCUUCGCCGUUCGUUGCGUCUAUAUCUGGUGUUCCUUUAGAGCAGGAUUUCGCUCUUCCAUCGUGCUAUAGCGUGGCUAACGUACAGCCUCUACAAUCUCGCAUUCCUAGUUUUAGUGACGAGACACUGUUUUAUAUCUUCUACAGCAUGCCCCGAGAUAUCAUGCAAGAAGUUGUUGCCGAGGAGCUUAUGGGCCGUAAAUGGAGAUAUCAUAAAAUCGAGCGAUGCUGGUUGACACGAGAUGAGGCGUACCCCGGUCCUGUUGACGUCGACCGAGGGGUGAGUGAGCGAGGCGUUUACCUCCUUUGGGACCCUGCAAGCUGGAAGAAGAUUAGGCGCGAGUUUAUUCUACGGUAUGAGGAUCUAGAUAACCGGAUGGAUGCCAACCGGAGUCUUUCACGGGUUGGAUUUCCGCAUCAUGCUUCAUGAAUGUCUGGGGGUAACAUGAUUGGGGUCUGAUCAGCAUCGGCGUUUGGUUCACUGCCAGUUUCCUUAAGGUUAUCCGGGUGUCACCUGCUCUGCUGAGAGACAAGGCGUUUCUCUUGUCAAAUUAUGUGAUACACGGGAAAGUAGGAUAUAUCUGUUUCAAAUCAAAUACAUAACUUCAACGAUAUUCUCACAUUUCUGUGCAAAUUCGUUGUGGGAAGUUACACUGGAUCUUACAA